CCUCCUUCCUCCCUCUAUCCUCAGAGCUGGUGCUCUCAAGGCCAGUGAACACUGAACUUCCCAUCAGGAGCAGACGGGUCAGGUUUCUCCCUCAGACCGGCACAAGGGUCCUGCACUGUUUAGCCAAGAAAGAUGCACCCAGACGAGAGAACUUGUUCCAAGAGUUAAUCAUUCUGCAAGCCAGUUUUGUCCUCCCGGGCAUUUCCCCACAUGGUCCGACUUAUGAAGAUGGCAUUAUGUGAGAGUAUGGGGAGUGGCGGGUGGCGGUGCCGUGCCGGAGGCCUCGGGGGCGCAGUGGGACUGAUGCUGCUGGGUUUCAUCUUUAUCCAGUCCGUCCACCCGGGGGCCGCCUGUUCGGCAGCCUUGGCCCCAAAGAACUUCACGCCGCCGCAGUAUCAGGCCACCGCCAAGGAGAACCCCGGAGUGGGCUUUUUGGCGGCUUUGGUCCAGUCCUUCCUGAACACAGUCCAGCCAAACCCCUUUCCCCAAGAUUUGAUCCUGAAAAUAGUGGAUCAAUCCAAACAGACUGAGUCUCAAGACAUCAUCAAAGAAGCCCUGGUGUAUCAAGUAGGUUUCCUGGUGUGUGUAGCCAUUGGCGUCCUGUAUAUCAUUCUCAUGCCUAUCGUGGGUUUCAUCCUGGCCUGCUGUCGCUGCUGUGGCAACUGUGGUGGGAAGAUGUACCAAAAGCAGACGUCCUCCAUCCACUGCCGCAGGAGAACGCUCUACAUUUUUGCAUUCAGCACCACCAUCAUUAUCUUUGCAGGGAACAUCUGUAUGUUCAGAAGCAAUGACGCUCUUAAAGCGAGCGUGGACCAGAGUCCAGGGGAGAUCAACAACAUCCUAGGCAACAUCCACACCUUCCUCACUGCUGUGCCCCAGCAAGUCGACUACGUGGUAAACGAGAGCAACAAAACUGUGCAGGAGGUUGUCAGAAACCUAGAUGCUAUUGGACCACAGCUGGGAGCUGAAAUCCAGCAGCGCUUCAAAGGACCUCUGGACAUCGCGCUACAUUCAGUUAGACUUCUAGAUGGAGAAACGGUAAACACCAGUGUUGAACUGGGGAAGCUGAACUCGUCUUUGAACCAUCUGCAGUCCAGUAUGGACCGUCUCCAUGGCAACGUCACCGCUGUUAGAAACCAGAUCAAUCAGACGCUGUCGGAUCCAAACUGCAUUGGAUGUGCUGACCUACGACCUCAGCUGGAUAAACUAACACUGGAUACCUCUGUUAGUGUUCCCAGCGUAAAUGAAUUUCAGACUGCAGUGGAUGAAGUUAUCAAAACUGAUCUCAAGGCCAAAAUCAGUCAGGUGGAGGAAUAUUUCCAGAGCAUCCCCGAAAGAGUGACCAAUGAUACACAGGAUAUAGUCCAAAAUAGCAAAAAAUCGUUGGGUGAUGUACUGGAACAGAUUUCCCAGGUUUCAAGUGAAAUCCACUUAUCAGCUUUGGACGAUGUGUCGGUGACUCUGAAUGAGGUGCAGAGGGAGAUCGACAAGUUUUUACCCACAAUAAAGAUGGCAGAACACACCAGAUGGGGUGUGUGUGUGGCUCUGUGCUGCGUGGUCCUCCUGGUGGUCGUGUGUAACCUGCUGGGUCUGCUCUUUGGGCCUCUGGGUCUGAGAUCCAAAGCUGACCCUACAAAGCGAUCCUGCACGGCGGACUGUGGCGGCACCUUCCUGUUGAUGGGUGCAGGUUUCUGCUUCCUUUUCUCCUGGUUGUUCAUGAUAGCCGUGCUGCUGCUGUUCUUGCUGGGAGGAAACGUUUACACUCUGGUCUGUCGGCCGUGGAACAAUGGACAGCUGCUGAAGUUUAUUGACAUUCCCGGUUUAAUUCCAGGGUUGGAAAUAGGCCCAUCUCUAGGACUCAAAACCAGCAUCAAUAUCUCUGAUAUCUACAGAGACUGCGAGAAAAACCAUCCUCUGUGGACGACGCUUCACUUGUAUGAGCUCGUUGACCUCGAGGAGCUCCUCAAUAUAUCUAAAUACACGGAGCAGAUCCAGCAGCAGUUUGAGGACACAGAUAUCACUCUCUCCUCUCUCACCCUCCUGAGCCCCGAAGUUCAAAACCAGCUCAGGAACAUCUCCAGCAAACUGGACAAGUUAGACACGGCUGCUGUCACGGAGCAGAUGAACAACAUUUCAAGAAUCGAUCUGAAUACAACAGCAAACAAACUUGUUACACUAGCUGGUUAUCAAGCAGAUAAUGAGAUUAAAAACCAGCUCCAUGAUGAAGCCAUGAAACUGAGGCAAAUCCAAGAUGAAAUAGACACAGUCAUCAUCCCACAACUUGAAAACCUGAAUUCCUCCAUUAGGAGCCUUCAGUCCACCGCAGAAAAAAUCAAUGGAACAGUGGGGGAGGUGCUGAGCAACGUCGGAGCAGCACAAGACUUUCUCAACACAAAUACAACACAGAUCGUCAAGACCGAGAGCAGAAAGUUUUUGGACUGUCAGCUGGAUUACUUCACCGUUUACGCUGACUGGGCCAACCUCACGAUAACCCAGCAGGUGGGCCGCUGUGAGCCUGUGGCCAGAGCUGUGGACUCGGCUGAGGUCGUCCUCUGCACCAACAUGGUGGAGGCCCUGAAUGCGUUCUGGUUCAGUCUGGGCUGGUGCAUGAUCUUCUUCAUCCCCAGCAUCAUCUUUUCUAUCAAGCUAGCAAAGCACUACAGGAAAAUGAAGUAUUCAGAUGCCAAAGAGAGCCACAUAGGCAUGAACCACAUCCCACGGGCUCGGAUGAAAUGACCCUGAGAGGACAACACAUGUGUGGAGCUCCCUCAAAAGACUGCAGGCACAAAGGUUUCAUCGCUUGUUGGAAUAAACGCACAUGGGGCACUCCUGCACAGAUGUGGCACUCCUGCACAGAUGUGGCACAUCACAACAACGGGACAAAAUGGCAAAAAAAGAAGACUUUAAAUACACAAGUCCUUGAUCAUUUCUAGUUUUCAAAGCCACUGAUAAAGCCACCCAUUUUGUUUCAUACAACAGCACAGUAAAGAGAAUCUCAAACCGGACACAAGGCAUAAGGGAACCUGCAGGGAUAUUAUUUCUCUGAAUUUUUGAUGAAUACAUCCCCAUGGCUGAAUGAAGUGAAAUGCUGAUGGUUGUCAUUUUAAAACUGACUUUAAUCACAUACUGUUCAAACAUUUUUGUAUAUGUAUGUGUAGUUUUCUGUCUUGACGUCAUCAUUUGGCAUUUUAUUGGAAAUAUAAGGGAAAUAUUCAGUAUUUUUAACUGUCUUCCGGACUUCCUGUCUGAAGAUAUUAAAUGUCUGGACUUUUCUGGCAAAGAUGUUACUGCUGUUUGCAAACUUGCCACUAUGAAGAUUUUCUUUUGUCUCUUUGAAAAUACACUUGUGUAAAUAUAUGAAAUUUGGCUGUUACAAAUGAUUAUUAUGAUUAUUUUUGUACAACUUUGUACUAGAACAAUGUUUCGUUCUUUAAUGCAGCACUUUUUUAUGGUCCGUUUUUCUAACGAGAUAACUGAACAUUUCACCCAGCUGUUGGUAAAAAUUGAGUAAAAAUUGUCACUGAUCAAAA